AACACUUGAGUUUUUAUUGUGGGGCUGGUGAUGACCAAAGAUCUUUAAAUCUCUUCUCUGACCAAACUCUGCCACCCUCUACAGAAGCAUCAAAGCAGCCCUAAUAGGUCCCAAGUUAGGAUUUUUCUCUCAUAUUCAUUCUUCCUACCUUUCUCUUCAUCCUUCCCUUACAAAUUAUCAAAAGAAAGGUAGUUAUCGAAGGAAUUGCUUUCAAAUUGAAAAUUUUUAGGGUUUCUUGGAUUGGGGAUAUUGUGGUUCAGGGGUUUUUGGGAUCAGCAACAGCAGCAGCAGAAGUGGCAGGAAUAUCAGAUUUCAGGCUGCAGAUGAAGAACAACUAGGGACAACAACACCAUCACCAAGAGCUUUUGAUUAUUACAAGGAAACUAGUGCUAAAAAUCAAGCAAUAACUUUUGGAAGAGCAAACCAAGAAGCAGAUUAAGGUGUCGUUUGGUUCACGGAUUUCCAUAUAAAUCUGGACAAUCCACAGAAGCCCAUCCACCAAAUUAUACAAGAAACACAAGAACAACAACAGUUUCUCCAAAACCAGCAGCAUGGCGCGGCCUUAAAUUCUUACGGAACAGAACAAAGUCCGGGACACAACAUCAUAGAGUAUGCGAAACACAGAGAUAGAAAGGUAAUGAGGAGUAGCGCUGGAGGAGAGAUUGUGCAAGUCCAAGGAGGCCACAUUGUGCGCUCAACGGGGCGUAAAGAUCGGCACAGCAAGGUCUAUACUGCAAAAGGUCCAAGAGACCGCAGGGUUCGAUUAUCAGCACACACCGCGAUUCAAUUCUACGAUGUUCAAGAUCGGCUAGGCUAUGACAGACCGAGUAAAGCUGUAGAUUGGCUAAUCAAGAAGGCGAAAAACGCCAUUGACAAGCUUGCUGAGUUACCUCCAUGGCACCCGAAUAUUGGUACUAAUGCAGCAGCAGACCAAGAUGGUGGUAAUAGUGACAUGCCAAUGGGAGAGCAAUCGGAGUUUUCCGGGUAUAGUUUUCAACUUCAAAGGCAAUUAAGCGAUAACAACAACAACAAUAAUAAUCAUCCAGGAAAUGAUCAUGAAUCGUUUAUCGCGCCUCAUUUAGAUCCUAAUAUUGGUAUUGAUACCAUGAAAUCUUUCUUCCCAACAAGUUCCACAACCUCAUCAAUCAAUUUCCAGAGCUACCCACCUGAUAUCAUCUCAAGAAAUCAAAACCACACUGAAGAUCUUGGCUUGUCUCUCCAUAGUUUCCAGGACCCCGGUCUAAUUCAUGGCCAUUCACAAGGAGAGACAACCCACACAAACCCAACUGGUCAGACCCUUUUUGCAGGUUCAGCUCCAGUUGGGUUUGAGGCCAAUUUUCACAGAAUGAUGCCCUGGAACACUCACUCUGGAACAGAACACAGAGGCGGCAACGGCGGCGGGUUUUUAUUUAAUUCGCCAGCAUUGCCACCACAAGAACAGCAACAUUUGCUGGGCCAUAACUCAGCAUUUUCACAGAGGGGACCCCUUCAGUCCAGUUUUUUACAAUCCAUCCGCAGCUUGGAUGAUCUUGCUAGUGAACAUCAUAGAAGGCAAGCAAUGGAGCAAUCUUCAAUCUUUGGCACCAGGUUUGCAUCGGAUGGAAUGUCAGGAUUCAGUAUUCCGGCAAGAAUUCACGGCGAAGAGCACAAUUUUGUUUCAGAUAGACCAUCCUCCUCUUCUCCCAAUUCUCACCGUUGAGUUUUCAAAAGACUGUCAAUGAUGGUCGAAUUGAAGACAUUGAAGGAGAAAUUCCAGACAAGUUAAUGGUUAGUUCCUACAUGGUUAAGAUGAAUCCAUGCUUGAUUGUUCCUUUAUUUACUUGCUAUUUUGAUUCAACUUUGUUUUGGAUUGUUAUGAUAUUGCUGUUAGUUUUUGGAUUCUGAUGUUAUGGUCAUUAAGUUUCAAUUACAUUAGAAUGCAAGUUGUA